AUGGGUAAAGAGGUCCUGUUCUGCAUCCUCUACUUCGUGGUGGCGCUCCUACACGAAGGGAUAAGAGGAUCCCUCCUCCACAAAAGCAACAUGAAAAAAGAAGGUCACUUCUUCGUAAAAAAGUUUUACAAUAAUAAGCUGUCCAAAACGUUCAACCCGGAUGACUAUCACUUUUUCCGCUUAGUGUUUAUGAAGUUACUCACAAAGACGAAUUUUCUAAAAAGAAACAUGACCCUGGACGAUGUGGUGAGAACAAUGGAGUACAUCGAAUUGGGGAUAAACCAAAAAAGCGACGAUGUGUAUAUGACCCUGUACAAUGAAAUUAAACGGAUAUCUCAAGAACAGUACAAAAAGAUCUACGCAAGAAAAAAAGUGGAUGAAGAAAUCGAAAGGGACAUUCAGGGAGAAAUGCUUAAGAGUGUGAAAAACGGGAGGCACAAAAAAAACGUGCUGGCGAUGGUCCCAUUCCCAAAUGAGCAAAUAUAUAACAGUAGUGAAAGCUCCAAGAAGGCCCAACUCCUCCUAGACAUACUCUACGUGGCGAUAGUAGCUAGCUACCAAUCGGUAGACGAGGAGGAAAAAAGAGACAUGCUCAAGUCUGUGUACGAAAAUACCUUAAACCAGUGGAUGAGUCUAAACUUUUUACGAAAAAUUAUGCGGUACAAAUUGUCCCACACCCGGGUGUGUUUGGCCCAGCUGCAAGUUGUGGGCUAUCGAACGGGCAGCGAAGACAAGCUGUGGACUUCACAUCGGGAUGGCGUGAUGAGCAAGUUGAGCGAAACCCCACCAGGUGAACCAUCCACCCAGAGUGACCGACAUGAUGAGGAGAGCGACUCCAGCACAACAGCGGAGGACAUCCCAGAAAACUACUUCCACGUAAACAAAAACAGGAAUAAAAUUGUACUGCAAGUUUUAAUAACCAAUAAGGAGGAAACACAAAAUAGGAUCGAAGACAAUUCAUGUGAUAUCCACCUGACCAUAGAGCAUGUGUAUAAUAUUUUGAUAGACCAUUUUUUGUACAAUGAAAAUUUGGGGAUAUACUACACAAAGCCAACGUUUGUCAUGGCAAAAUAUUUAUUCGGUUACGAGAAGAAUGCUUCAAUAAAAAAUAAAGAGAAAAAAUAUGAAGAUAUAUCUGUGCAUAUAUUCGUAAGGAUAAAUGGGAAGGUAAAAUUUCGCUUCAAGAAUGUACAUAAAUUUCUUUUGAAAUAUACAAAAGAAUUUAAUGCCCUCUAUUCUCUCCAUUUUUAUGGAGCAUGUAUAAAACAUAAACACACAGACAUUAUAAAAGUGGUAGGUCAAUUUGGAGAAGGCAUAGAGAAUAACUUAAUCAGUAACGUCAUCAUAAAAAUGAAAUCGGAAGAAAUUGUUGCACACAUAAAAUUAUAUUCCAAGAAAAAACACACAGAGAAUUUGGCUUAUGUAUCCACUAAGGAAAUAAUUAAACAAAUAAAUAAAACUACCUACUUUAAUGUUAUUUAUUAUCUUGUCGACAGAACGAAAAAAAUUCCUACAUCGAUUAACUGCACUAUUUGCAGGCAUUUUAAAUAUCACUAUGUUGUUCUCUUCAUAGCAGCUAUCGUUCCAUCGUUGAUCAUUUUUUUUUUCUUCUUUUUAUUUAUGUAUUGUAAGAUAAAGAAAUUUCGCGAAAACAAAAAUACCUGCUCCAGUCGCCUGUCCAAAAUAUGCCCCAGUUUCUUUUACGUCAGGACUGCUUCGCAUCGGUAUAGGCGGCUCACCAAGACUUACCGCCGCGACAUCCUUGCCAAGGGGCCCCAGCCCAAGUCG